AUGAGAUUGGGUGAUAGGAUGCUGUUUAUAAAAUAUGUCUAUAAAAUAUGGCCCUCAGGGCUACAUGACCCUGGUAUAAGCAUGAAAGAUCCACGUUGGGUGGGCGCGUGGUGGCUGGGCUUUAUCAUACUGGGCACCGGUGUAUUGAUCUGUUCAAUACCCAUGUUCUUCUUUCCAAGAAACUUUAAAACAUCGCCACUACUUAAACGCGAAUCCUAUAUAACAAUCGAGAAUUCAAACACUAAUUCUGAUGCAAAGCAUAUCUCGACUGUCUAUAGUCAGGGUGUAAACAACGUUAAAGCAUUUUGGCCGACAGUGAAACGUCUGGCAACUAAUCCGGUGCUGAUAUGUUAUACAUGCGGCACAACACUCAACAUGUUUGCACUGUUCGGUUACAUAACGUUUCUGUCCAAAUACCUCGAGACCGAGUACAAGAAGUCUGCAUCCGUGGCCAACUUAUUCUCCGGUAGAGUGACCACACGUAUAAUUGGUGUGGCACCGGCCGCUUGUGGCAUAUUCAUCGGCGGUGUACUCAUACGCCAAUUUAAGCCGGGUCCCAGAGCUCUGACCACGCUCAUAGCUAGUGUGGAGAUAUUCGGCUUGAUUGGUAUCAUAUCGGCCAUGUUUAUGGGCUGUCCGGCCACUCUAUCGCAUGGAAAGUUAACUAAUGGACAUUGUAAUAUUGGUUGCGAGUGUACGACAAGAGUUUAUCAGCCGGUGUGCGGCUCGGAUGGUAUAACUAAUUAUUUUUCACCAUGUUACGCGGGGUGCCGGGCACCCGGCCCUGGACAGUUAGAGAGUUUAGACAAUUGCAAUUGUUUCCCAUCGCCCGACAGUAAGGCAUCGCUGGGUUACUGUCCCUCACAGUGUCCCACAUUUAACUCGUUCGCCGGUUUAUUAAGUUUUGGUAAUUUUGUGGGCAAUUUAGCCAAAACUGCAUUCAUACCAUACCCGUUAACGUACGGCUCAGUGACCGACGCCGCGUGUAUGAUAUGGGAGGAGUCGUGCGGACAGAGGGGUAACUGUUGGGUAUAUGACCCGCGAAAGUUUCGCUAUUACCUCCAUGGUCUCACUCUCAUCCUACUUUGUUUGGCCGCCAUAUUUGACUUAAUUGUCAUACUAUUGUCCGAUAGGAUCAAGAAUUUAUAUGACGAUCAGAUUAGCGAUGAUUAUCAUUGCCAUCACAAUAACGUUUCGCAAGACAAUCAUAGCGGCCACACAGAAUUUUGA